AUGGUAUCUGUAUAUCAAAUGCAGGGAAAGCCUUCCCUAAUGGUGGCGGACCCGGAGCUCAUCAAACAGAUUCUGGUGAAAGACUUUUACAAAUUCCGUAACCGACGGCCAGUGCCGGGAAGGAGGGGUCCCUUCAAAAAUAUAAUGUUCAGCGCCAGGGAUGACGACUGGAAGCGGAUCCGAGCCAUAGCCAGCCCUAUAUUCACUUCGGGUAAACUCAAACACAUGUAUCCACUCAUCAACGAGUGUUGCCGUGACUUCUUGGCCGCACUCGACAGAGACGUGUCCACCGGUGGGACGGAAGUCGAGUUAAGACAACUGAUGGGUUACUACAGUAUGGAUGUGAUCGCCAGCACAGCGUUCGCCACCAAAACCAACCCCUAUUCCGAUCCAAACAAUCGGUUCAUCACAACAGCCAACGGAAUCUUUAACCAAAACCCGUGGAAAAUACUGUUGUCAACAAUUUUGCCCACUUUUGUGAUUAACUCUAGGGUUUAUAAAUCGGUUAUGAAUGUCAGGACUCCGGACGUAAUGUUCUUCAUAGAUGUCAUCCGGAGUUUGAUAGCUGAGCGUAAAAAGUCGGGCAAAAAAUAUAACGAUUUCCUGCAACUGCUUAUGGAUGUGGAGAGAGUGGACACGACUACCGGUGCCGCCGAUGCCAGCGAUGCGGCCGAAGCCCAUCACUUGAUUGAAGGCGUCGACGAACUGAAGGCUGAGAAACAGGCGUUGAGUGAUGUCUCGGAGAAGAGGUUAACCACAGAUGAAAUACUCGCCCAAUGUUUCCUCUUUUUUGUCGGUGGGUUUGAGACGACGGCCACAACUCUGUCGUAUUGUGUCUAUGAGUUGGCACUCAAUCCCGAUAUUCAGGACCGGUUGGUGAAGGAGACCAAAGAGGCGUUCAAUGAAAACACGGCAGACAUAGACUACGAAACCCUUUGCCGACUCCCACUCCUCGACGCCGUUAUAUCGGAAACACUACGACAUUAUACGCCGUUUGUUAGACUGGAGAGGGAGGCCAUGGAGGACGUGGUGCUGACCGCUGGUAGCGAUGGGUUUCAAUUAAAAAUUGAAAAAGGGAUAUUAACCCAAAUCCCGGUUUACGCCAUACAUCACGACCCGGACUACUUUCCCGACCCGUUUGCCUUCAAACCCGAACGGUUUUUACCGGAAAAUCGUCAUAACAUCAAACCCUAUACAUACCUACCGUUCGGCUCCGGACCCCGUAAUUGCAUUGGUAUGCGCUUUGCAUUACUUGAGGUAAAAUUAGCUUUGGUCCAAAUGAUACAACAAUUCCGUGUCUAUCGGGUGCCCAACACCGAUGUGCCCGUUAUUUUCAAUAAAGCUCGUGAUAAUUUACAGGCCAAAAGGCUUGUGGUGGGCGUAUCUAAACGGUAG